AUGUCUCGUUCUACAGAGAAACCCCGCCAGUCCUCCGCCAGCUUGGGAGAUAUCCCGCCUACGGAGUCCAACCUUGAACCUGUGCCCAUGCGUGAGGUCCAGGUUGAACCUAACUGGUGGUGGAAGUAUCGCCAAAUCCUCCGGGAACCCGCCGCCGAGUUCACUGGUACAAUGCUCCUCGUCAUCUUUGGCACAGGCGUCAACUGCCAGGCCGGGUUGUCCACCAAUUCAGGAGUGGCGUCCUCUCCCAAAGGCGACUGGGGUUCAGUAUGUUUGGGCUGGGGAGCAGCUAUCGCACUUGGUGCAUGGGUAAGCGGUGGUGUUUCGGGCGGCCAUAUCAAUCCUGCGAUCACUCUGGCUUUCGCUACAUGGCGUGGAUUUCCAUGGAAGAAAGUUCCUGUCUACAUUGUUUCUCAAUUACUGGGAGGAAUCGUUGGCGCGGGAAUUGUUUAUGCCAACUACUUCCAUGCGAUUGAUAUCGUGGAAGGAGGACGUGGCGUCAGGACUCUGCUUACGGCAGGAAACUUUGGUACAAUCCCUCUCGACUACAUGACGAAUGUGUCCUGUUUCUUCUCCGAGUUUCUGGGAACUGCGAUCCUUGUACUCGUCCUUCUUGCUGUCCUCGACUCGCGAAAUGGCGCGCCUCCGAGUGGCCUCGUCCCUCUCGUACUUUUCGUGACGUUCCUCGGAAUCACGGCUUCCCUGGGUAUGGAGACGUCAUUUGCGAUCAACCCUGCACGGGAUCUAGGUCCAAGGCUUCUUACCUCCAUGGUCGGUUACGGGAAAGCGGUGUACACGUUCAGAAAUCAUUAUUGGAUUUGGUGCCCUAUUAUGGCGCCAAUUCUAGGCGCACAAAUGGCUGCUAUGUUUUAUGAUGUAUUCAUAUAUCAAGGACACGAAAGCAUCGUUAACAGGCGGUAA